GCGCAAACUGCGUGCCACAUUUUGCCAGAGAUAGCAGGCCAUUUUUGGACUUUCAGCUUUCAACAUAUACAUUUACAGUUCACAUAAAUUCUAGUACAACAAUGAGGUUAUAAAAUUACACUCGCAAAAUAUGGCGGAACAAACGAAUACGGAGGACAACACCAUCCUGUCGCGCAUCUCGCUCUUUAACGAGCAUGUGAAGCAACAUCAGCAAUGGCAGCGUUUGAAUCCCUUUUCCCACUGCAGCGUCCGCGACAUGCCCAAGCCCAGCUUCCUCAAGGAUCAAUAUGGCACUGCACCGCCAGGUAGUCUCUCCGAACAGCGGGCUCUACAAGCUCAGGUGCUAUCCUUGCAGGAGAUUCUACAGCUCUGCGAGCUGAUCAACGAGAAUUGCGUUCGGGAUUCAUCAAAUGAUACGCCUGAGAUCAGCCUGAAAUUCGGCGAGCUCUUUGAGAUGUAUAACCACAUCUCUGACAAGCUGCUGGGCACGUUGCUCUGUGCUCGUAAGCACAAGUACGUUGACUUUAAAGGCGAGACACUUUUCCAGGGUCGCGACGAUGCACAGCACGUGCGACUGCUGCGUCCCUUCGAGGAGCUGCGAACCGAGAUUGUGGACAAGAUUGAGAGCCUACGCUGUGACACCGUUGAGAAACCUGUGGAACAUCCGGAACUGCGCGACAACACUCCAGUUUUGUAGUACGCAUUUGGCAUUGAAAAACAAAGUCGAUGUUGGGCUCCAAGAUCGGGUUUUUAAGGGUGGCUGACCCUUGUCAGCUGUGCCACACUCUUAAGUGGCACGUGCGUUUGCCUAAGCCUUUUACAGUUAAUUCAAUUAGCAAUUUGGUUGCACGCACACCCAAAAAUCACUAUGACAAGAGGAUUUUAUCCUCUUGAAAGCCCAGAGUGUGAGAGCUCGACACGCAUACGCCCCGUAUGCCAUUUUAAACACCUGCCAAACCAAGGAUAUCGCAUUUCAGGCAAUAUAUACCUAUGCUAAUAAAUAACUUACAACCAUC